GUAAAUACUACCAAAGCAACAACAUUACUACCGACAAAACGGACAAAACGGAACAACUUGUUGUUUAGGGCGGCAACCCAGAUAUUAAUUGUUAGAUGAUACCUAGCCGGAAUCGAUUUUGGGUAGCUAUCGAUAUAUAUAUCUGAAUCCGUGAAUUUCGACAGUGUGGCCCCGCCGCUGCCCACCGGCUCCGCCACCGCGCGUGGCUGCUGCCACCACCACCACCAUCACUAAAUUAUGUACCACGAACCAAAAAAAGAGAUAUUUCAGCGAGAAACAACUUGAUAAUCCCGGCUCUUGCGCCACUUGUUGCCUGAGAUCAAGUUGUCGGCCCGAAGGGCAAUAUAUGCCAUGCACUCGAUUGAUGUUCGGGUUCCUGUAUUCUGUCACUGCAUGCAUGGGCCGAGGUGUUCCUACGAUAACCGUUGUUGCGCGGCGAGAAGGUCCUCGGGAGAGUCCGGGAGAAGGAAGAAAAAAAGAAAGAAAAACUAAACAAAAAGCAGAAAGGAAUUUCUCGGAGUCGGAGUAUGAUAUGAGCGAUAUCCGGGGGCUUAAUAUCCUGCCCUGGUGCCCUGGAUAUAUUUUUGCCUGAAGCGCCCAGCUGGUACCACGAUGGUACGAGAUCGAUCGAAGGCACCGAUGCACUUGAAUAGUUCUCUUACUGAUCUCUCAGGUACUUGUCAGAAUCCAGAUUGAGAACCCCCAACGAGAAACGAGUUGUCAGCUACUAGGGAGAGAACCCCAAUUAAGUUUUAUAUAACAGUGGGUGGACUCGGAAAGUAGG